UUCAUCUACAUUUUUAAGUUUCAUGUAAAAUUUCUCAAGUUUGACCAAAAAGGUUAGGUCCUGUAAUUAGCUCUCAAAGAGUUUGGAUACUGAAGCAAAAAUUAAAUAAAAAUAAUUCUUCAUUACGACCGCCGUCUGCGCCAAACCCUUCCCCGUCUAUCAUGGCAAUGGAUCUACCUGAUCCUCACGGUCGAGGACGUCACCAUGGAAGACUUCUGUUGUGCCGUCUGCGGCUUUCACUACUUCAGCUUCCCCUCCAAGGUCAGCUACACCCUCCCUUAUGUCUGGGUUUGGAACUCCGGCAAUCAUUUGUUGCAGAUUGGUGAUUAUGGAAUUGGAAGAUAGUCGAAGCUUGCAGUCUGUAAUAUCAGAUUAUAGUGCCAACCUUUCUUGAGGUACUAAGACUUCAGAGGAUAGACCUAAAUCUUGUUUUGGAACUCAAAGAUCAAACAGUCUGUUCCCUAAGGGCAAUUUUAUGUCUCUUGAGGGAAAUGUGAUUGAAAUUCAUAACAACCUAAAUUUGGUUUCUUCAAUUCAUGCUAAAAUAGCCAGUUGUAUUUUUUUUCUUAUUUUUUUAUUAAUUUCUCCGAAGAGAUGCGAAAGGGAAUAGGAAGGGCGGCGUCGGUGGUCAUGGCGGCGGCUGCGGCGGCCAACAAAUCCCUUUUAAAGGAGCCUCGGUACCGAGGCGUGAGAAAGAGACCGUGGGGGAGGUUUGCGGCGGAGAUCAGAGACCCGUUGAAGAAAGCCAGGGUUUGGUUAGGAACCUUCGAUUUUGUCGAGGAAGCUGCUCAAGCCUACGACGCCGCCGCACGGACUCUCCGGGGUCCCAAGGCCAAAACAAAUUUCCCUCUUUCACACCCUUUCUACAUCGUCUCCUCGUCGUUCCGCCCUCCCCUGCCUUUUGAUCUCAACGCGCCACCGUUCGACGAUGCCGCUGCCGAUGACGAUCUCCGCUGCACCGCGCUCUGCCUCCUGAACGUGCCGUGGUGGUUUUUAAUUUCCAAAUUUUUUCACCCUUGAUUUCUUCUUAUUGUUGCGCGGAUUAAAUUAUAAUGAUGAUCAGAUGUAAGAU